AUGGUCGCUGCUGCUGCUGCUGCUGCUGCUACGCUGUCACAGGGAAAGGUUUGGUCGGUCGAUGCCAAGGUGGGUUCUCUAUGGGUCUGAAAUCGAUGGUGGGAGUAUGUGGGCUGACAUCAAGUAUCUGUAUCCCCCCCUCCCCCUCGAUCGUCCUUUGCCACCCUGACCAUCGCGUCGAACCACACGCCGUCGCGCCGUCUCAGGUCGCCUCCCAAAGCCCAUACGACAUAGCCAUCAUCGGAGCCGGUAUCAUCGGUUCUGCUCUAGCCUACUCGCUCUCCGAAUCAGGUCGUUCGAUCCUCCUCCUCGAACGGGACCUCGUAGAACCCGACCGCAUCGUCGGUGAACUUCUCCAACCCGGGGGAUGUCUAGCCUUGCAACAACUCGGCAUCUCCGAUACGCUCGCCGAUAUCGAUGCCGUACCUUGUGAGGGAUACAAGGUGUUUUGGGGGGACGAACAGGUCGCGAUCCCUUAUCCUCCCGAGGAGAGGGAGAUGGGUUGGAAGGAUGGGAGGAACGACAAGAGCUCGACGAUCGUCAAGCAAGAAGGAAGGUCCUUCCACCAUGGUCGAUUCGUGAUGAAUCUCAGGCGCAAGGCCGCGAGUUCGAAAGGCGUCACCAUCGUCGAAGCGACGGUCAACAACUUGCAACGACAGGGCAAGCGGAUCGUCGGUGUUUGUGCGACGCCCAAAGGCGGGGACGAGCAGCUCGAUUUUCGAGCGACGUUGACCAUCGUCGUUGAUGGUUGCAUGUCCAAGUUUAGAAGACAGAUCUUACCGAGUCAUAUUACGCCCAUCGUCAGGUCGCAUUUCGUCGGAAUCGUUUUGGAGGAUGCCGAUCUACCCGCUCCUCAUCAUGGUCAUGUCAUCCUAGGCAAGGCCGAUCGUUCCUCCUCUUCUUCAGCGGAAGGGAGUAACAGCCUGGGUCCUGUUCUCGUCUACCAACUCUCGACGCACGACACGCGCAUGCUCAUCGAUAUCCGAGGCACCAAAGCACCCUCCACCACCAAACUCCCUUCUUUCCUUCGUCAACACGUCACGCCCGUACUACCCCCCUCGAUCGUCCCUUCCUUCGAGAAGGCACUCCAACGCGCCGAAUCGGGGGACAAGGAACAUCGAUUACGUUCGAUGCCGAAUUCCUUCUUGCCUCCUUAUCCACAGGGAAGGGAGAUCGAAGGCGCUUUCCUCGCUGGUGAUUCGUUGAAUAUGCGACACCCUUUAACAGGCGGUGGAAUGACCGUCGCCAUGAACGAUACCGUCUUGCUCACCCAAUUGUUGGGGGGAGGGAAGCAAGUUGGUGAAAUUCAAAGCAAGGAGGAGGAUCAAGUGGUCGAUCUGCAUAGUUGGUGGGACGUGCACGAGAAAUUGGAGGAUUGGCAUUGGGAGAGGAAAAAGUUGGCGAGCUGUAUCAAUGUGCUUGCGAUGGCGUUGUAUUCCCUUUUCGGGGCGGAAGGUUCGUUCCAGGCUAGGAGGGUUGUGUGGGCACGGAUGGUUGCUGAUGUCUUUUCAAGGGUUUGGGUUGGACAGAUGAGAACCUCGAGGUGCUCAAGACGGGUUGCUUCAAGUACUUUGAACUUGGCGGCGACUGUAUCGCCGGCCCGGUAUCGCUCUUGUCCGCGUAAGUCUACCACAUCCUCUCCUCACACUCCCCACAAAUCACUUACUUAAUCCAUCCCUUCCUGAUCCUAAAGCCUCACCCCCUCCCCCCUCCUCCUCUUCUACCACUUUUUCCGCGUCGCCUUCUACUCCAUCUACACCCUAUUCCAAACCCCAAUCAUUACCUCUUCGGAUCCUAAAGGACGUCCCGUAGAAUGGACGGAUUACCCCGCUUUGACGGUCAAGAGUGCGAAGGUGUUUUGGACGGCUUGUGUGGUCUUGUUACCGUUCUUAUGGGGGAGGGUCAGAUGUAGCUCACGGAGCGGCUCGGAGGAGGAGGAGCUGAAGAGGGGCCGCAGUUUCCUAGUUGUGAUCACGUGA